GCAUCCAUGUUAUUAUUCAGACGGGACUUUAGCUUGAGACGGUUCUGUGGUUUUAGCCUGAAAAUUACUGUCACACACAGUAGAAGAGUUUGGAAGAGUUAAAGGAAAAAAAACAAAAAAAACAAGGACUUUAAACUGUGAGUUCACCCUCCUGUUCAGCUCAAGUUCAUGGAAUAACAGACAAACAGACAUCAUCAUCUGUUUUGGGUUAAGGAAGAAGAAGAAAAAGAAGAAGAGUGUGUGAAGGUUGGUUGAACAUCCUGUUGUCAAGGCAGGGAGUUGUGGGUCGCUCGUCUUCAGCCUCCAUUGGAGCCUGGGCUCAGAUGUGAGACGUCAUGGGCAGCCAGGGAAGCCCGGUGAAGAGCUACGACUACCUGCUCAAGUUCCUCCUGGUGGGUGACAGUGAUGUGGGCAAGGGAGAGAUCCUGGACAGCUUACAGGACGGAUCAGCGGAGUCCCCGUACGCGUACAGCAGUGGCAUCGACUAUAAAACCACCACCAUCCUCUUGGACGGGAGACGAGUGAAGCUGGAGCUGUGGGACACGUCGGGACAAGGCAGGUUCUGCACCAUCUUUCGCUCUUAUUCCCGCGGAGCUCAGGGAAUCCUGCUUGUGUACGACAUCACCAACAAGUGGUCGUUUGACGGCAUCGACCGGUGGAUCAGAGAGAUCGAUGAGCAUGCUCCGGGCGUUCCUCGCAUCCUCGUAGGCAACCGGCUCCAUCUGGCCUUCAAGCGUCAGGUCCCCACAGAGCAGGCCAGGGCGUACGCCGAGAAGAACGGCAUGACGUUCUUCGAGGUGAGCCCUCUGUGCAACUUCAACGUCAUCGAGUCCUUCACAGAGCUGUCGCGAAUCGUCCUGAUGAGGCACGGCAUGGAGAAGUUCUGGAGGCCCAACAGAGUCUUCAGCCUCCAGGAUCUCUGCUGCAGAGCCAUUGUGUCGUGCACUCCGGUCCACCUCAUUGACAAGCUCCCGCUGCCGGUCGCCAUCAAGUCCCACCUCAAAUCUUUCUCCAUGGCCAACGGCAUGAAUGCCGUCAUGAUGCAUGGACGCUCUUACUCACUGGCCAACCCGGCCGGCGGAUCCAAAGGCAACAGUCUGAAGCGCUCCAAGUCCAUCCGUCCCCCACAGAGUCCCCCGCAGAACUGCACCCGCAGCAACUGUAAGAUCUCCUAAUGACCGGCGUCCUGGAGGAGACCGUGAACGAGCCGGUGAGUGUGUGGUGUCAGGACACAGGUGGUCAGUACUUGGACCAAAAGAGAACUAUGAAGGUCUGAGGAGCAGAAAGGAUGCGUGUAAAAGGAUGAAUGAGACCUUCCUCCCUCUGUUGUGAGUUGAUUUGAAGAGUAGGAAGUACUGUGCGGGUGUGGAAAAGACGCCUCAGGAUAUCAGAGAACAUCCACAGACACUUUGGUCUCCGCUGACCCAAUUUCACACUAUAUCCAACUGCUCGAGUGAGAGAAGAGGCUCCAGAGUGACCCCUGCCUGCUGGAGUGUUCACUACAUGUACAGAAAUUGCUCACCUGAUUAGUUACUCACGUAAAUCACCUCACUUGUGUCACCUCGACAUCAUGUCUUCACUUGAAGCACUGAACAGCACGACUGUGGUUUAUUUCAUUUUUGUCUUUGCUAAAAACGUCGCUGUCAAACUUCAUAUGAAUGCCGCGGCGUCUGCUACAUUAGCAUCUGGCAGCUACAGUAUCGGCUAACAGCAGACAAAGAUGCUACAGUGUCUUUGAGCAGUACUGUCUCUAAAUCCACCAGACUCCUCUGCUCAAUAUUGACAUUUGACAGAUGAACGCAUGUUUUCAGGAUUUUUAAGUCUUUUUAACUUUGAUCUACAGUUGGACGUUGUUGGCUUUGAUUCUUGUGUCGGGCGUCGCGCUCGUGACACUUCAGUGACGACACUCUCUGACCAAUCAGAGGCCGGGAGUCACAUUUUAGUAUCGGCUCGUGUGGAAGCAGAGCUGACUGUUCUGAGACUAAAUCUCAGCUACGAUAAAAACAACGAACCACAGUCCUGUUGCUCAGGGCUUCCUCUUCUGCAUUUCUGCUUCUAAUUGUCAUCUCUGUUCAUUUGCUACUUUAUUGACCAAUAAGCUAAUAUGUAAGACACUAGUGAGCAGCCAGUCGCUCCAUUAUCUUUACUUAGCCUCACAUUGUGUUUGAACACUCACCUGUGUGACACGACAAAAUCUUGGCAACAAGACGAGUGAAGGUUCCCACGCGGUGGUGAAGUCCCAGAGGACAAGAAGACGUACAAUGUUACAGCACGAUACAAGAAAUGACUCACAAUUCAUUUUUCUUAUCCAGAGAAUCCUUGAAAACGCCGCCUAGCUCGCCAACACGCUAUCCUAGUGAUUUAUUUUCAAGUGCCACAAGGGGGAGCUGAAUCUUUCCACUCAUUCCAAGACCCCUCGAUUUUUUUAUUGCAUGUUGUUAAUGCUCUAAUGAUAUUGUGAUGCUUCGACACAACAUGUGUUAGAGCUCAGUUCAACACCCAAGUACUAAACUCACUCACUCUCUCACACCAAAGUCCAGGGAGAAAAUCAGUGGUUUUACCUCGUGAGGACACAGGAGCUGCUGGUCCUCUGCUGCCUCGUGUGGUCACUUUGUGUCACUGAAGUCAAUCUGAAUGAAGAUUUCCAAAUGCUGAAGUGAUAAAAUAAGACAUUAGAACUUAGUGAUGGAGGCAGCAGUGGAUCAACAACUCGUGUGUGUGUGAUGUUAAAAUCACUGAUUUACUUCAUGGACUGUGAGAGUGAGUGGUUUACAAAAGAAUACAAUCUAUGAACACAUGAAUUCAGCAGCUCAUUAACAGUCUCGCUGCUCUGUGUGUUUCUCCCAUGAGAGUGAAAGUCGAAGCAUCUCUCUCUCUCUCUCUCUCUCUCUCUCCCUCCCUCUCUCUCUCUCUCUCUCCCUCUCUCUCUCUCUCUCUCUCUCUCUCUCUCUCUCUCUGAUCUGCUCGGCCGCCUCCGCACGCCGCCUGUGAUUCGUCGCUGCUGAAUAACACAUGCUCUUCUCAUAGAUCUGUGUUGGGCGUCGUCCUCCACACAGGAGGCGUCGCUCACUCUUCUCUCGCUGGUUUGGACUCUGUCUUUCUCAGCUGCAGGUUUUCAGGUGUGACUGGACAUCGACUACAGCAAGGGGUUUUAUUUUGUUUAAGUCUGAUAUCUUAAGAACACGCCUUUAUCUCACUGUUAGACGUUUCCAACAGGAAACUGAAGUUUGUAAACCGCUCACUCUCCCAAACCAAAGCCCAUAGAGAAAAUCAGUGAUUUUAACAUCACAGCACACAGGAGUUGUUGAUCCACUGCUGCCUAAGUUCAAAUGUCUUGUUUUGUAAAAUUCAGCGUUUGAAAUCCUUUGUUCAGAUUUAUGUCAGUGACACAAAGUGACCACACGAGGCAGCAGAGGACCAGCAGCUCCUGUGUCCUCACAAGCUAAAAUCACUGAUUAUCUCUCUGGACUUUGGUUUAGGAGAGUGAGUGGUUUACAAACUUCAGUUUCCUGUUGGAAAAGUCUGUCUCUGUUGGUCUCACAGUGAGAUAAAGACGAGAUAACGAGAUGUUCUGAAGAUGUCGUAGACUUAAACGGACGUUGUUGUCGUUGCUGUGUUUGGUGACGUGGCCUCUUUAGUCUCAGGCCGGGGGCUCACGGCAAACCUCGUGCAGACCACACUUCUCAAAACAAGAACUAUUACUUUGAAUGAAGAGGAAAUUCAUCUCCAGCUUGUUGCCAAGAUUUUCCCCCUGGAGUUUUCCAGCUGUGACGGCACAGGAGGAUUUUAUCAGUGUUAGUGCUGCUGCUGCUGCUGCUGCUGCUGCUGCUGCUGCUGCUGCUGCUGCUGCUGCUGCUGCUGCUGCUGCUGCCGCCGCUGCUGCUACUGCUGCUGACUCACAGAGCAUAUGAACUUUCAGUGAGUGUAAUAUAAAGGUUUUGUGUUUCUGCAUCUGCAUUUUCUUAGUUUUCUCUUGGUUUCAUGUCGACUUCCUCAGUGUUUGAUGACCAUGUUUCUCCUGAGCUGAGUUUCCCUCUUUUUUUCUUCUUCUUCUUCUAAAGAUGGAAAUGUUUGUGGAGGAUUGUGGGAGAUUGAGUCUGGGGGAUUUCAUCAUGAUAUUACCUGACUGGUGUGAGGAUGAUGAUGAUGAUGAACACCUGUAAAACACUAUUCUUGUUUUUGGCUGAAGCCGCCGUGUCAUCUGAAGUGUGUGUCUCUGUGUGUGUGUGUGUGUGUGUGUGUGUGUGAAAGAGAGAGAGAAUUUCCUCAAACACUAAGCAAGUUUUCCUCUUUUUUCUUUUUCUUUUUUAAAUUAUUGAUUGUACAGUUUAAGUGCGAGGGGAUGAAGAGAUUUUUUUCACAAUAAAACUGUUGAAUAAUGUCAAA